AUCCACGAAACGGUCGAAACAAUCAAUCAACUGAAAGUCAGUAGGGAGUUCUUUUUAGGAUUUGCACAAGGACCUCAGGUGAGAAUAUGACUUCCAAGUAUAGGUUAUGACCCAGGCUGGCGCUUCUUUUUCAGCCAAGUACCACGUACGUACGCAAUAUCUGCGGCUGGUACCACAUCACGAGCAAACGUUCCAAGGUAUUCAUAACCGUAAGUCCUGCAAUAUCUCCGGCAUGUUUUGGCAUGAAACAUCGGAGUAAUGAGAUGAGAUGGGACUGAGGAAUGUUGUAGUCGUCACGAAAAACGAAUACUUCAUUCCGACGUAAUUGUCAAAAGGUUUAUGUUACUGAGUGCAUACCGAAAACUGUGCUUUAUGUACUUUAUCUUAAAUACUAUACGUAUACACGUUGAGUCUGUUAACUCUGUUUUAUCAGCUCAGGAACGUUGCAAUAAUCACUGAAAUGCCAGAACUAAAAAUCUUGAAGUAUCGCGCCUUGGUUAAGAUCCCAGCAAGGCUCGCACAUACUGUGGCUGGAACGAAUGCUCUGCUGCAUGCACGAUUGCGUCAUCCUAUACUUUAUUAAACACUGAACUAAACGCUAAGUUUAAAGUAAUUUUUGAUAUUAUUGUGUAGGAAUUCAUCAACAAGUGGGUGACGUCACAGAAUAGAGAUUUAAAGGUCAGUUAUAGCUGUCAGAGCUAAUGUUGAUUAGAGUGACUUAACUAACAUCAACUGAAAUACCUGCUAUUUCUGGGAGGCCAAUACCACCUAAGUCAAUUGAAAUUGCGAACUUUAAAUUGAUUAUUGGCGAAUUUUACCAGGGCCGGUUGUUCGGUUAGCUUAAUCCUAUCGUGAAAAGAAAACACGUCAAAGCAGUCUUCCCAGCAGCUUGUUUAUAAAUUUGGAAAUAUUUUUCCAGAAAUCUUGUUUGGAUAAUCAGGAGUUUUAUUUUCUAAAGUUUUGAAAUAAACGAACUUGCAGAAAUGCACAAACCAAAGCUGGGACCAGUUGUUCCGCGUCUAGUUACGGCCCUGAUCCUAGGUUAACGGCAGGCUUCAAAGCAAUAUUCCCAACAACUGGUUUAUGAACAUGGAAACAUUUUUCCAGAAAUCGUAUCGGGGUCAACUAAAGUUUUAUUCUCCAAAGUUGCGAAAAUACGAAGAAUGAGACAGUUAAAUUUUAACCCAGGAUUAACGCUAACCUAACUCUGAACAACCGGCCCCAGUAGGUUAAAUUUUAACCCAGGAAUAGCUCUAACCUAACUCUGAACAACCGACCCCAGCAGGUUAAAUUUUAACCCAGGAAUAGCUCUAACCUAACUCUGAACAACCGGGCCCAGCAGGUUAAAUUUUAACCCAGGAAUAGCUCUAACCUAACUCUGAACAACCGGCCCUAGCAGGUUAAAUUUUAACCCAGGAAUAGCUCUAACCUAACUCUGAACAACCGGCCCUAGCAGGUUAAAUUUUAACCCAUGCAGGCUUAGCGCGUAUCCAACCUUGAACAACCGGCAGGGGGGGGGGGGUUGUUUCUUAUUUCUCAACCAGGGGUGGUUGUUUUCUUCUUCAAAAGCGUUGUUAGUUUUACUGAGGUAAUGGGAGUGUCGUCUACAUAUUUCAGAUAAUGACAGACGUGGUGGGCAAUCCUGAAGAAGAGCGUCGCGCAGAUUUCUACUACCUACCUUGGUCACAGGAAGCAGUAUGUCGUUACUUCUACACGAAGGUACGUUACUGCUGUUUGUUAAAUAGUGUUAGUCACAAAAGUCUAAGAAAACUAUUCUACUCCGCCGAUAUUUUUCAUUCCCAUUUAUAUAUUUGUUGCCUCUUGGGUAUCUUAAACAUGAAAAACAUUUGCGAGGUAUACGGUUGGCCGUUUAUUAUUCAGCUCACUUCCCAUUGGGGCUUUUCAGUGACCGAUUACAUCAAGUAUUACGCUUACUUACCUGUUAUUACUUUCUUAGCCUACACGGCAAAAAACGCCGAGCCCGCUGCUUAGCAGGAUUGAACAAUGGUUUGCUGUUGAGCCUGAAUCGGGUGUAGCAAUAUUGUUCAAUAUUGUUGACAACUUUGGACAAUGUGGGCAGCAAAGCAUUGUUCAAUCCUGUUUUCAUCAAUAUUGCAACAACCUGAGCGUUUUUACGCGUGUAGACUAUUUAUCUUUACAUAAACACAAUUGUGAUUACUUUUUUAACUAUGUUUAUCCUAACCCACCCUGUCAACUUUCCCUGCGGGAGGAAACCGGGGCGCCCGGAGAAAACCCACGACUUUCGGCAGAGCGUUGACUGACUCUUUUCACAUGAGUCCGUAGCGAGAAUCGCACCUACGAUCUCAGAGGUGAAAGGCACUUGCCCUGAUGACUGCGCUACCGAAGCCCUCUGACGACUGCGCCACCAAAGUCUUCACAAUGUUUGUUGUCUGACCAUGGAUAGCUAAACUGGGCAAGCUGAAUCGAACCCGCGACCUUUGGGAUACGUGUUUGAUUCCCACCGUGGCCAAGCUAACUUUUCAGCUUGCCCGGUGUGGAUGCAUACUCAGAGUAACAUCACAAACAUCAUAUUCACCUGAGUACAUAACACCUACACACACAAAAAUAAUUUAAGUAUUUUUCUACAUACUGCAACAUGGUUAACACUUCUGAAGUUGGCCACUACAGCUGUCGUGUAAUCCAUACUGAAACGUACAAGUGACUGAAGUGAGCAAACAUGUAAAUGCCAUUUUAUAAUUUAUCUUUCUUGUUUCGUACUUCUCACAGGUGCAGCAGAAACGAGCAGAAUUGGAACAAGCUCUUGGUAUACGGAAUACAUAG